AUGACAAUUUACGACCCCGCUCCAGGCCCUUCCAGGACUUCUCGGAUCACUCUACCACCAAUGAUGAUGGUACCACAAACCCAUCAUCGCCCACUCAACUACAAUCACGAUAUUUCUCAGUCAUCCUACCUGCGGCAUCCUUACAUCGCACAAGCCGAGUAUGAUUAUGAUUACGAAUUCCCAGCCAACAUGAGCUAUCGACCGGACAAUGACUUCCAACUUCCUCAGGAUACCAGCCACGCGGUCGAAAUGCAAUCUACUCAAAUUAAUCAUGAUGGUAGCGGUCCACUUUCUCUGUCACUACUAGUGGCCGCCGCGCACGCUGCUCAAGCCGACAUCAGCUACGCAAAUUCACCCAUUCACUUCACGUCAAGCUUGCCGCUAUCUUGUGAGCUCAGCACUUCCGGGAACUACUCGCCGGCUGUGACUUCACCGGACGCCCAAGGCAACUGGCCACCCGUUGGCCUUGCCACGAGUGAAUCCGAUCGAUUGGCCCCGUCCCCACCUCAGACUCCUCUUGCUACACCUGAUGUGAUGUAUGACCCUUCUAUGAUGGCCUGUUGCAGAUCCCACAGUGACGGGCCUACCCCUCAUGAAGGCAAGUGGGAUAUGGAUAGGAUUAGUGCAGAACCCUCAUAUAUCCAUAAGCCCCCUUUUCCGCCCCUUUCUCACAUAGACUACUCCAAUCAGACCCUCGUGACGCACCACCAUCAACAUAUCCAUCCAGCGGACUAUCCGGUUCAACAACCACUUCAAAUCACCACAUCACCCCUAGAUAGAGCUGGAAGCAGCGAUCUCACCAGUCGCCCCAUAAUCAAGAGGACAUGCAAAAGGAGAAGGAUCGUAGCUAAGUCUGAAGAGGCAACCGAUUUCGCUGAAGCAUCGCCAGACUCCCAAAACAGUCCGAGGGGUGAAAAGCCAAAACAAGGUCGUAAGAAAAGAAGUGUCGGCUAUGUUAGGCCCAUAAUUAUACAUCGCAAGCGUGUUGGGCAACGAUUGCUGGAUAUGCUCAAAAGCGCCCCUACUCCCUCGAAAGCAUCAUCCAUGGAGAUCAACCGCGCCAGGUGUUUUCCUUUUGCUGACAUGAAGAAUAAGUUGAGGGAAUGCACUAGAAGGAUGCGGUUGGAUGAACUGGAUAGGUUAGAUAAGACACUGGACGGUGGAGAAGUCAGACUGAAAUUAUCGGAGGAGGUCUUGGCAGAAGAGCCACACCGAGCCGGCGAGUUUAGCGUGCCAAGCGCCGGUCAUACGGAGGAGCAAUCUAACUAG